AUGGACAAAACUGAGCAGUCUAUAGUUUACUGUUGCAAACAGGGUACGUUCACUUCUGGUGUUGGUCGCCAUUCCGACCCCUAUACCAUUGAUUGGAUAGUACCAUCAGAUAGUGCGUCUCGCUGGGAUGACCCGGGUUAUACACCCUUGUUCUCUGAUAGAAUUCCAGUUAUGCGACAGAGUGCAGACGGUGGACUCCAUGGUUUUGUCAUGCAUGACUUGUGCUGGCAGCUUUUGCAGAAAUUCUACGAACCGGAUGAUGUCCCAAUAGAGCGACUUCAUGAUGUUUGUAGAUCUCUUCCGCUCGCUAUUCUGGGAAGCUGCGCAUUUUGGGGGCAUGACUACGGAGGACUGAUAACUCUGGAUACCAAAGACCAUUACCCGUGGGAAGACAGGGCAGAGAAUGAGUUCAACAGCUCUCUAACCCAUGCGAAGGAGGAUCCAUAUGAUGUUGCGGAGAUACCAGAGCUACUUACCCUUUCGUAUAAUUCAUCUCCUUCACUGGGGAUUACACAGCCUCAUGUAGUGAGGGAAACGAAAAGUGACUGUUUUGCUAAAUUUCCCUGGGAAAUUAUCGAAGAAAUAAGCGCCAACUUGUUAGUAUCAGACAUAUUGGCCUUAAUCCGUUCAUCAAGGACAUUCGGCCCAAUCCUCUCCAGCCAAACAUUUUGGGCUUCAAGAUUCGAAACCGGGAAAGACCGAGCGUUUCUCUUUGAGAAACGGAAUUGCAAAGAAGCCAGAGACUGGAUUAAGUUGUACCAACUCACAAAACGCUCGGCUAGCCCUCCGGGCUUAAAAAAUAGAAGACGAAUAUGGGACUUAAUCCAGUGCCUUGCACCAUAUUUAGCGUCAUCUCUUGACAAAAAUCCGAAGCUCUCUCUAACAAGCAGUGCUCGCAAUGGGAUAUGUGAGGUAGCUGGAGAUAUUCUAGUUGAAUUUGACUCGGGUUACCCCGACACUUUCAACCAGGGCUGUCUCCUAUUUGACAAACAACGUACUACGAUACCCUCUAACCUUUUGAGAGUUGGGUUUUCAGUAGCUGAAGAUAGCAUCACUGGUAUCCGCCUGGUCUCCGGUGUCCAAGAAGAUAUUUGUUUGGGCUACAUAAUUAAAUGCAAGGAGGCAGUCAUUGAAACAACAUCUUUGGGUGGGUUUAUGUUAGCAGUCGAUUCUCGAGGGAUACGUGCUGUCCGUGUUAUUCACGGUGAUGGAAACGAGUCAGAUUGGGUAGGUAACCCGGCUGGUACUCCAAUUACUGGACGUUUGAUGAAAUUGGGGGACAUAAAUACCCUGGAAGUAGGAGUAGAUGGCUACAAAAUAAUCAGCAUUGCAGCUGCUUCGCCUCAUUCAAUACCACUUAAGAUACCGUUGCAGCGCAAAGCCUUUUGGUAUCCUUCUAUACCCAGCCCAGGGCUGUGUCUAAAUGAUCAAUCCUUUACAGGGCAAGAUCCGCUAACUGCCAGUUACCAACCAUUAGCUUGGAUUAAUUUCGGAGGCCCUAAAGGUGCCUACCUCAAACAUAUUACAGGUGUUUGUGUCACUGGCCCAGGAAAUAUAUGCACCAUUGAGUUCGAAUAUGAUAUCGACCUGCCCGUGGAAAUAUGCAAAUUAGGUCGCCGUAAAGUCACGGACUUUUCGAUCAUGAAUCGCUUCAAAAUAGACGGCCCUGGAGGAGAAUACAUCACUAGCAUCGAUGCGAGUAUUAUUCGCUUCAAGGGAAAGAAUGUUUACCCAUUCUAUAGAUGGGGAAAAUUGUUUUCCUUCAAGAUUACAACAAAUUACGGGAGAUCGGCACACUUCGCGACCAGAGACCCAACCGUUGAACCCCCAACCAUGACACCACUGUCAGUUGAACCUGGGACCAUAGUUACAGGCCUUUAUGGAGCUCAGCAUCCGGAGCAGGGGCUUAUUAGCCUAGGAGUUAUAUCUGAAGUGGCUACCAUGGGCAAGCGUAAACGGGAGCCUGAGCUUGGUGGUCCUAUCAAACGUAGUAAUAUCCUGCCGGGCAAUCGUGAAACAGCCCCAAGAAGCUAA